GUUCAAUUGUCUGGGCAGAGAAAGGCUGUAAUGAGAAAUCUGAAGGCUGGCUUCCGAAGGUUGAAAGCAGAGAUGCAAGAGAUCAGUAAGGAUCAACAAAAUAUCAAGGAAGGACAAAAACAAGUCAGAGAAAAACUGGAAUCCAUUGAGGCUGAAUGUGUGCAACUCAGGAAGGAUACGGACCUCAUGAUUAGGCAGAGUGCUGUGAGCAAGCUUAAUAUGUGUCUCAUGUUCAAAAUCCUUAAGGCCCGUGAAGAAGGCGAUUUUCUGAAGGCCACCCGGCUUGCUCAAUUGCUUCGGACAAUAUUGAACCGGCAGAACGAGCAAAGGCAGGGAUCUAUAUAAUGGACAGAUAAGGAAAAAUUGUCAAUAGGAUUAAGCUAGCUAUUAUUAUGUUUUAUCUGGUGAUACCAUGUGUUGCAUCUUGCAUGGUGCUUGCUAUCGUUAAACUCUGUUUUUCAUUUCAAGUUUUAAUGUUUUGAAUGGCGAACUUUAUAUAUUGAACUCUAUAUAUGGUUGUCAUGUUAAAAUGGUUUACUGCUUUAAAGCGCCAAGGAAGAGUUAUCUCGUCUUUCCAGUACAGAAUGUAUGAUACGGUAUACAUAUUUAAAAUGUUAAUUAAAUCUCAUUUGAAUG